UGCAGGAGUCGUCCUUGAUUAUGACAAAAUGUCCGCACAAGAGACACAUAAAAUGCAGCAGUUAUACAUACUCCAUGGUUUCAAUGCCUAUAUAAGUGACAUGAUUCCCUUCAACAGAACACUGCCUGAUAUCCGCAGCGAAAAUUGCAAGAAGAUAAACUAUGACGUCAACCCCGAAACGACGGAUCUUCCCCAAACCAGUGUCAUCAUUGUUUUUCACAACGAGGCGCUGUCUGUAUUAAUGCGCACAAUAUUUUCUGUGAUCAGAAGGACUCCCGAUUUCUUACUCAAAGAAAUAAUUCUCGUUGACGACUUUUCGACGUUAGAUGAAAUGAAGCAGCCCCUUGCUUUAGCUAUUUCUAGGAUUCGGAAAGUUCGUCUGUUAAGAACAAUAAAACAUGAAGGACUUAUCAGAGCUCGCUUAAUUGGUACCAGGAAUGCGACAGCGCCAGUACUGACGUUUCUAGAUGCUCACGUUGAAUGUUUUAAAGGAUGGCUGGAACCAUUGCUUGAACGAUUAGUGGAGAAAUCAGAUACUGUUGUAUGCCCGCAACUUCAAACAAUAUCAGGAAAAACGUUUAAGAUAGCCAUUCAAGAUAAAGUGUAUGUCGGGACUUUUCAGCUAUCAGAUUUAGUAUUUGAUUGGAUCCCGGUCCAGUAUAAUGAUCAACAUCUGAGAUCAUCAGAUACAGACACAGCUAGGUCCCCAGUAUUUUCAGGUGGAAUGUUUUCAAUAUACAAGAGUUAUUUCUACAAAAUAGGAGCUUAUGAUAAGGACAUGAACCUAUGGGGCGGUGAAAAUCUCGAACUAUCAUUCAGGGUAUGGAUGUGUGGAGGCUCGGUUGAAAUUCACCCUUGUUCAAACGUGGCUCAUUUAUUCAGACAGACAAAUCCAUUGGAGGUUACCAUGAAAACAGAAGUUGACAAGGCUUCAGUAAGGAACAAUCUCAGAACGGCCAGCGUAUGGAUGGAUAAUUUUAAGAAAUUUUAUGUAGAGAAGGGAAUGGAAGAGAUUGAUGUAGGGAACAUUUCGGAAAGAACUGAACUACGGAGACAAUUAAAGUGUAUGUCGUUCCAAUGGUAUAUAGAUAACGUGUAUCCGGGGCUUUAUGUUCCAGGACGAGCGCUGCUUCUAGGGGAGAUCAGGAACCCUGCGUAUGAUGUAUGUAUAGACAGUGGUAUCAACAUUAUAUCGGCUCAUAUAGGUGCGUCGAGAUGUAGUAAUAAAACAACUCAGUUCUGGCACCUGUCAAAACUUAAUGCUCUGCAAAGGGAGAUCGGCUGUAUUGAAUAUCCUGAGAACAUCAAAGAUGAUCCAAGACCAACUUUAGAGAGGUGUGAUGGUGGAGGACCUAAGCAGCACUGGGUAUAUACUAAGAAUGGAUGGUUAUAUAAUCCUGAAACUCAUCUUUGCCUUGGGUUAACCAAUAAAAAACAUACUCUACAGAUGCUUAAAUGUGAAAAUAAUGACAGGUUGCAUUGGAAAUGGCACAAUACUGGGAUUGAGGAUAAAUUUACAGGGAGAUAACACUGCACAUAUGUAUUAUUCGUAUUUGAAAUGGAUAUAUGCUAGAGAUGUUGUUUAUACUACAAUAAUAAUAAUUUAAUGUGAAAGUAGUGAAAGAUUUUUGUUUGGAAUGCUACAGCAGUUGAUGUGAGGAUAAAGUUGCAACAUUAAUUGUAUUAUAUUUAUUUGAAAGAGAUAGGUGCUUGAGAUAUUGAUUUAUUGAAAUGUCAGCUUUUAAAGUAUUAAGACACAUGACCUGGGGAUGAAUCUUAUCACAGAUGAUACCGACAGUAUCCAUUGUUUUCAUUCGGUAAAUUGCUUGAUAGAUACAAACCCGCCAAAAUGUAAAAUGUUAGAGUAGUCUCCUUGGAAGCAUUUCGCAGAGCAAACAUAGCCUUAGUCACACAUCAGAAAGUAGGUCAACCACAAAUAGAAACUGUGGUAGAAGACAAAGUUGAUGGGUUACUUUAAAUACUCAUCAAUAAGUGCAUUUUGA